AUGUCGGUCACAAUUCCGCUCGAACCCCUCCACACCGCACAUGUGAAAACAGGUGACCAUUCCUCCUGUCACGCCGACGCGUCUAUUCAAGAAUUCAAGUCCCCCUCGCCUUACCUCGAACGAAAAGCAGAUAUCGGGACAGAGGCCGAACACAUACAUGUUGUAUCGAACAUGAACAGUGCGCGGAGCGAGCGGACAUCAGGUGUCGAAAAGCAACCUUCAUCCGGCUUGCAGUUCUUGACCGAGGCGUGCGAGCACCCACUUUUCCCGCCUUUGCCCUCUUAUGACGCCCCAUCUGGGCUGGGCAGAGUCCGGAACUAUGUGUUCAUGGCGGCCUCGUUCAUUCUUUCGCUUUGCUUCUUGACAGUCAUAUUUGUCGGGGCGUUGUUUCGCACAGGCGUAAUCGCACUAUCGGAAGCUCGUUUACGACUUAGCGGACAAAACCCGGCUAUGCAUAGAGCAUUCUACACUGAAGAACAAGCACGACGUAUAGCACGGAAGGAGGCCGAUCGACGAUGGCAUCUGCACAAACAGAAGAGGGACACGGAUGAAGAACAGGCACCUGGACAAUCUUCGCUAGAAGGAGGAAAGGACCCCGUUGUCUGUGAUGUGGCAUACUAUGCACGACGCGUAGGUCUUGACGUGGAAAAAUUCCGUGUUCAGACCGAGGACGGCUUCAUAAUCGAGUUGUGGCACGUGUAUGACCCGCAAGAUUAUCAGGCGCUAUCGGCAGAGGAAAGGUGUGAGCGUGGGCCUGCUGUGUUCACCAAGCCCAAAACACCGCAUACCACUCGUCCACAGUCUAACCGGCGGUAUCCCAUUCUUUUGGUUCAUGGCUUACUUCAAAGCGCUGGUGCUUUUUGCACGAAUGAUGAGGAUAGUUUGGCAUUUUAUCUUUGCAAGUCCGGAUAUGAUGUUUGGUUGGGCAACAAUCGCUGUGGCUCAAACCCGGAGCAUAAGACACUUUCGACUGCUGAUCCGCGAAUGUGGUCCUGGGACAUUAGACAACUCGGGACGCUGGACCUUACAGCCCUCACUUCUCGUGUUUUAUAUGAGACUGGAUUUGAAAAGCUAGGUCUUGUGUGCCACUCGCAGGGAACCACGCAAACAUUCGUCGCCUUGGCCAAGGAGCAGCGCCCUGAGCUAGGUGAACGCAUUUCAGUUUUCUGUGCGCUUGCUCCGGCUGCAUAUGCUGGCCCGCUCGUGCGCAGACCGUACUUCCGCUUCAUGAGUAUCCUCUCUCCGACCAUGUUCCGAUUCGUUUUCGGCAUCCACUCCUUCAUCCCUUUGAUGAUGACCGCCCGACGUCUCGUGCCACCUAAAAUAUAUGGAACCAUGGCAUACUGGGUGUUUUCGUUCCUUUUUGACUGGUCAGACACGCGCUGGGAGCGUGAUCUCCGUCACAGAAUGUUCCAAUUUGCACCUGUGUAUGUCAGCGCCGAGUCAAUGAGAUGGUGGCUCGGAAGCGAAAGCUUCGCCAAGCACAAGUGCAUUUUAUCCACAGACGAGGAUCUACUACGCGAGACCGAUGUGAAUAAUACCAUGUGUGGUGAUCCUGUCUCUGAGCAUGGCGAUGAUCCCGAGGAUGCAUGCUUGGGAACUCCAACUCCUAGCCCUUGGUUCGGUCCGCGGACACCCCCGUUCGCAUUUUGGAUCGGUGGCUCUGAUGCUCUUGUUGAUGGCCGCCGGCUUCUGAACCGGUUUCAAAGUGGCCGCGAGCCUCACGUCCGUCUCGUUCACUCUAAAGUUAUUGACGAGUAUGAGCAUCUUGACGUUCUCUGGGCCAUGGAUGCAGUCGAGCAGGUCGGCAGUGAGGUCCGCCAAGUCAUUUGGACGACCAUGCCUGAGGAUGCUCGGCAGUUCCGGAUGGCAAGAACAGCACAGACCGCCCGGUGUGAUGAUGAACGCCCCGCAUGGCAUCAGCGGCAGUACCUGGACCACGAGGGUAACCCCGUCAUCCUUGGCAAACUAUCUGGAGUUCGUGAAUUCAAUAAGCCGGAAGGAUACUAUCAGUACAGAUUGCAGGUCUAUACCAAGGUCCCCAUACAGCCUGAGAAUUAUGACUCGAUUGUUGCGUAUCUCUUUGGUAUCACGGAACUAGACCCAUUCCUAGAGAUCUACACCAGUACUCAGCCUAACGCAUUUUCAUGCGUCGAGCAUCAACGACGUGAGAUCGCUUACCGUAAGAGACUACACGCGGCUUCUGAUGAGCAGUCUAACUCUCAACCUCCUUUGAUUGCUAAAAAUUCAGCAAGUAGGGGCUCCCAGAUUCUUGAACCAACUGGUUCCUGUAUCUUCUUGACCUCGGAUAGCUAUCUCGCUGGUUACCGUCGAGAGGAUGGGAACGAACUUGGAACUGCCCCUUUCGCAAUUGAUUUUAGUCGGAGAUUUCCGACUGAGGUGCGAAGAGUCGAAUUAGAAUAUCGUGUCCCAAACAUUUACGGGGAUAUAGCAGACUUUGUUGAAUUCGGGAAUGAAGUGGUCUCUGAGGCUAUUGAGAUGAAGGCGAAUGCACCAAAGAAUCAAUCCGCUAUUAAUCAAUGGGCAUACGGCAUGUGGAGAAGCGCUGCAUCCUAUAUAACGCCUGAUGGAGAGUGGAAAAUUGACUACGAUGCCGACGUGCCACCUCCAGAGAAAACGGCCUGGGAUUCUCAAGAGGUCAAGGAAAUCCUUGAGCAACAACCUACGCCGAAUCACGAAUCCGAAGAUCUAUCUCUCAAAUGGGGCUUAGGUAGUGAUGAAAAAACACUCACUGUUACAAACUUUACGGAUACUGAAGAGAGUGAUCUUCAAUAUGUCAUUCAUGUUCCAUUCCUCGCGGAAAACACAGACGACCUCAGUCUUCUAGAGCGUACAGCCUAUAUCUUCACAACACACAUCUUGGCCAAAAUUGGUUCCGCGCGGAUAAGACUCGAGUUCCGAAUCUCAGGCCCAAGUCUGGCAUCCGUUUUGUCAUCCCCCAACCCCAAUAACCUCCCCGUUGGUGCGAUAUACAAUGCAAAGGAUGGUUCAAAGCAGGAGCGACUCGUCCCUUUGCAGCAUAGCAACGUUGGCAUAGUUCCCAACUACACAUGCACACAGUUUGCAGUCAUUCUUGAUCGACCAGCCUUCAUAACGGAGCCAGGUAUCCUGUUUCUCAUAGAAAACAUGGAAUCCAAACCAGAGUUCGGCCCCUCCGGUUGCGAAACGAUUAUUCGACGCAGCGGGGGCGUGACCGAGGCUGCGAGAAGACUUGCUAUGCUGGACUUGAAAGAAGAAGUGGGAUGGGAUGAUGUGAGAUAUCUUACAGCCGAUGAGUGGCGCUCCAUCUUCGGCGUUUCGCUGGCACAGUACCAGGCUGCGGUACUUGAGAUUGAGCCUUUCGAGCCGUAUCAGCCGCAGGAAGACUGA